AUGACCAGAAAGAGUGAUGCGGCCUCGAGGCUUAGUUCGCAGACUUCCUCAUCCACUGAUUCUCACACCACGAUCAGACCUAGUACGUCCCUUUUCCGUGGGCCCCCGCGACGAGGCGCUCCGAUGCAGGUCAAGAUAGACGGUCGAAACAGUUCUAGAGUCGAGCCAGACCCUCAAGUCUCCCCAACUUCUACCGCACCACAAAGUGCCAUCUCGCCUUCCUCUACCUCUCCCAAUGUCUCUCCCCGCGAUCAUCGCCUGAGCGAUUUUGGAAAUUAUCGGCGCGACCUCGCCUGCCUCGAGACUGACCGUGGGCGCAUCCCUCAAAUCCAACAUAACCCACCGACCGCGAUGGGAUCCCCAGGUCAGAUUGCGCCCUGGAUGUCGUCCUCGAGCGGCGGCAACACGCCGUCGGGCACUUUUGGCACCAGCUUCUACAACGAUUCGAGCGACAACCUGUCGCAAGCUUCACAAUUGUCUCCUCCAUUUCGCCCAGGCACAGGGUUCACCGGGUACACAAAUGCGAGCGAUUCUCCCGCGGAUGCAGAUUUUGGAGAUGAAAGGCGGCCUUCGGUAGCCAGUGUGACAACUGCGAGUAGUACUGGGUCGAAAUCGAGCAUCACUCGAACAGGGAUUCAUAAGCAGCUCAAGACGUUCUUUGGAGAGGACUACAAUGAGAAGGAUGCGUCGAGUACGAGCUUACCCUCGCAUGGAAAAGAACGGUCGCACUCUUUUGCUCGAAGUCAUAGGGAACGUAAUCUUUCGUCUGCUACCGAAGCAACCCAGCGGGACGCCUCGCCUGUACCAUCUCGACCGCGGACUCCAGUGCCGUCUAGUGAUGUCGUUCCAUUCCUAUAUCAAGACUCACAGGACAUCUCCAAGUAUGGAGAGGCACCCGUGAGAGAGAAUCUCUCCGGCCCUGACCGGGACCGAUACAUAGACAAUCCGCAGCCUCCGCCGAAGCCCUCUUCAUCGUCCCGUUCCCACGGCGUCCACCUACCAGGCCAUAGUCAUCGACACAAUAGAAGCAACGACGAUUCAAGGAACCUGAGACCGUCGAUUAGUAGAGGAGACUCGGGAUUCAGCGAAAGAUAUAGGGAUCGCGCCCCCAGCUCGAUGGGGGUCGCAAUGGGCAAUGCGUCGAAUACCAGCUUAGCAAAGCGGCCUGCGAGUCCAACACCCAGUGGGAACAGUAACUGGAGCGGAUCAACCGCAAAGACACCUCAUAACGAUGGAUCAUCGUCGCCGCCAGGACACGCAAAACGAGGCCUCUUAAGCCGUCUGCGGAAGCAUAAAGAUAAGGACGGACCUUCGAAACUGAGCCAUCUUCCGGGAUCUGUCAAAUCCUUAGCUACGCCUUCAAAACAUGGGCACGAAAAGACGAAUGGCUCUUCCGAAUUUGUGCAAUGGAAUCGGGAUGGGAGCAUCUCUCAUUCCGAGCUCAACCUUCCAAGAACAGACAACGGCCAGUUCGGCAGGCCUCCGACUAGUAGCUCAACGAAACGUCCAAAGUUAGGGUUUAGUCGAAAAACCAGAAGAGGGGCGACGGACGAGUCACAGGGACCAUUCGAUGCCGGCUCAAACUUACCGCAGGAGUCGUUGUUCAAUCUUGAUAGCGAUCUCUCCAAUAUGGAGGGUAUUUUAGCGAAACCUCCACCGUUAACGCCUCUGGACAACAACAUAUUUGCGGGGACGUUCGAAGACGAGAUGAAGGUGGAGACUCCGGAUGGCAGUGCGUUGGGUUGGGAUGCGCCUGACAGUUGGGCAGUCAAAAAGGUCGAGGACAAUAAUAUGGCUCGUUUGGACGAAAUCGAUGAGGCAGGAAUACCUGACAGGAUAGACGAGAAGGCGACACCUUAUUGCAUUCGUAUCUUCAGAGUCGAUGGUACAUUUGCAACACUGUCUACCCCGUUGAAUGCUUCCGUCACCGACAUCAUGGUCCAAUUAGGCAAGAAGACGUAUAUGACGGAUAGCCUGGAAAACUAUCAAAUUGUGAUGAAAAAGCACGAUCUACAACGAAUUCUAUCGGCUGGCGAACGACCUGUGGUCAUCCAAAAGAAAUUACUUCAGCAGGCUGGGUACGAGGAACAAGACCGCAUCGAAGAAAUCGGACGCGAAGACAAUAGCUACCUUUGCCGCUUCUCUUUUGUACCAGCUCGGGAAAGUGGCUACGCUACGGUGGGGAACGAUCCUGGGGUGAGCCGGGUCCAGAAAUACAGCCAUGUGGACCUGUCUGGGAAGAACCUCAUCACAAUUCCCAUUGCGUUAUACUCGAAAGCUUCCGAAAUAAUAUCUCUUAACCUCUCUCGAAAUUUGUCUCUGGACUUGCCAAAGGAUUUCAUUCAGUCUUGUCAAAAUCUGCGAGAUAUCAAAUUUAUCAACAAUGAGGCCUGGAAACUACCUCCUGGGCUUAGUCGAGCGAGCCGGCUUACGAUUCUCGACGUUUCGAACAACAGGCUAGAAGAAUUAGAGAACGCUGAGCUAUCGAGGUUAUCUGGGCUCAUAAGCCUUAAACUUGCCAACAAUCGACUAAGGAGCCUCCCCGCGUACUUUGGGGGAUUCAAGACCCUACGGACUCUAAAUGUGUCAUCCAACUUCCUAGAAACCUUCCCUCCAUUUCUGUGUCAGCUGGAAGGACUUGUUGAUAUCGAUUUGAGCUUCAACGGAAUAUCGAGUCUGCCUGACGAUGUUGGAAAAUUGAAAAAUCUCGAACGGUUCGUUAUCACUAACAAUCGUUUAUACGGUGAGCUCCCUGCCAAUUUCGCAGAGUUGAAAAAUCUCAGAGAGAUUGAUAUUCGCUACAAUGCUCUCACUAGCAUUGAUGUUAUCGCCACGUUGCCGAAGGUUGAGCAAAUCUCUGCUGAUCACAAUUCUGUAUCUGUGUGCGAAUCAAGUUUCACGAAAAUUCGAAUACUACGUCUCAAUUCAAAUCCAGUCACAAGAUUCGAGAUCAAGAAUUCGGUACCUACACUGACUACAUUGAUUUUGUCCAAUGCCAAGCUCGCUCAGAUCCCCGAUGCGUCGUUUGAUCGGAUGCCCAAUCUUGUUAAGCUUGUUCUUGACAAGAAUCAUUUUGUGUCUCUGACGAGUCACAUUGGUAAGUUGUCGAAGUUGGAGCAUUUCAGUAUCGCCAUGAACGCCCUGAACGUUGUCCCACCAGAAAUUGGUUGUUUAACCGAACUUCGAUUACUCGAUCUGCGGCAAAACAACCUGAAGAAGCUGCCGAUGGAACUCUGGUGGGCCAACAAACUCGAAACUCUUAACGUAUCUUCGAACGUUCUAGAGAAUUUCCCCAAACCAGCGUCAAGGGCACCCCAAGUCCCUGGCAAUGCGACCCCGGAUCGUGCAGCUACGCAGACCAGCGGGACCCCAGGGCAAAACAAUAGCAACAGUAGCUUAGAUGAUCUAGGGCCUUUGGAGAAUUUUGGGCAGCAGCAGCAGCGUCGACCUAGCCAAGGAGGGCUUUUGAGUGUCGGUGGUUCGCCAAUACCUGGUUCAGCUGACCGCAAAGGUUCAGUGGUAUCUCUGUAUGGAAAAGGUGGGCGGAAAACAUCUGUCGUCUCUCGUAGUGCUUCAACCGACACGAUUGGAACCUUAACGCCAUCUGCGCGAAAAGAUUCUACAAUAUCCUCAAGACUUGUGAAUACCUUCGCUGGUUCUUUACGAAACCUCAUAAUGGCCGAGAACCAGCUAGACGAUGAUGUGUUUGACGAGAUUAAGUAUUUAAGCGAGCUUCGUAUUCUCAACCUUUCUUACAACGACCUCAACGAUAUCCCAAGUCAAUCUAUCCGGUGCUGGCCUCAGCUUGUGGAGCUCUACCUGUCCGGAAAUGAACUCACAUCACUUCCGUCGGACGAUUUUGAGGAGUUUAGUUUAUUGCAGGUAUUACACAUCAAUGGCAACAAAUUUCAGACCUUGCCCGCUGAGCUGGGAAAGGCGCAUAGGCUAGCUGUCCUUGAUUGCGGCAGCAAUUCCCUGAAAUACAAUGUCUCGAAUUGGCCAUAUGACUGGAACUGGAAUUGGAACACAAAUCUCAAAUAUCUUAAUCUGUCAGGAAACAAGCGUCUCGAGAUCAAACCGAGUUUACCGAAUGGAAGCUCAUCUGCAAGAGACGGGCGCGACCUUACCGAUUUCAGUGCUCUAGGCAAUCUAAGGAUUCUCGGUUUGAUGGAUGUUACUUUAACGAUAGAAAGAAUCCCUGAUCAAACUGAAGAUCGAAGAGUCCGCACCUCCGGAUCUCUUGCAGGGCAGCUGGCAUAUGGAAUGGCGGACACUCUUGGAAAGAACGAUCACUUGUCGCUCAUUGACAUGGUGGUGCCACGAUUCCAGUCGAACGAGAAUGAGACAUUACUCGGCAUGUUCGAUGGGCAAUCCCUUUCAAAUGCAGGCUCAAAAAUAGCUAAGUACUUGCACGAAAACUUUGGCCACACCCUGCAAGAAGAGAUGAAGAAGCUGAAUCUCAACUCUACACCAAAAGAAAACCCUGGAGAUGCACUGAGACGCACUUUCUUAUCUCUGAAUAAAGACCUAGCCACGGCGGCAACACAGCAUACUCAAGAUCGGUCAAUAUCCUCUCACCGAGGGUCAGCAGCCCCGGCGGUCCUCAGCCAAGCCGACUUGCGCUCUGGUGGUGUCGCGACCGUUAUGUUUCUUCAAGGCUCGGAAUUAUAUGUAGCCAAUGUAGGUGAUGCUCAGGCAAUGCUGAUUCAUUCCGAAGGAAGUCAUCGCAUUCUGACCAGCAAACAUUAUCCCGCCGAAUUUCAUGAGCGUCAGCGAAUUCGGGAUGCUGGUGGAUGGGUUUCUCGUCAAGGCAAACUGAAUGAUAUACUCGAUGUUUCGAGAGCAUUUGGCUAUGUCCAGCUCAUACCUGCCGUGCAAGCAGCACCCUAUGUCACUCAUGUCACCGUGAAAGAGCAAGACGAAAUGAUCUUGAUUGCCUCGAAGGAGUUGUGGGAGUACUUGUCGCCAGAACUCGUUGUUGAUAUUGCCCGCAAUGAGCGAGAUGACCUGAUGCGCGCUGCACAAAAGCUACGUGAUCUAGCAAUGGCAUUUGGAGCGACUAACAAAAUUAUGGUCAUGAUGAUUGGUGUCUCGGAUUUGAAGAAAAGGGCGAAUAUUCGACCUCAUCGAGUACAAAGUAUGUCUCUCAACCCGGGAGCUAUCGUGGAUGACGGUUACGCGCCAGCCAAACGUGUUAAGAGAAAGGGCAAUGGUGUAGGUGACUCUGUAUUGAACAGGCUAGAUACAGAGAUCGCAGCUCCUGAGGGUGAAGUCGGAAUUGUCUUCACUGAUAUCAAAAGCUCGACCUUGUUGUGGGAGACAUACCCCGAGGCAAUGCGCGCCGCGAUCAGACUUCAUAACGACCUAUUACGUCGACAGCUUCGAAUCAUAGGUGGAUACGAGGUGAAGACCGAAGGUGAUGCAUUCAUGGUCUCAUUCCCAACUGCCACGUCAGCACUCCUAUGGGCAUUCGCUGUUCAAUCAGCGCUGCUCGAAGUUCCUUGGCCAUCUGAGAUCCUGACCAGUAUUCUCGGGCAAGAAAUAUACGAUACUGACUCGAACUUGAUCUUCAAAGGGCUGAGUGUAAGAAUGGGAAUACACUGGGGCAGACCAGUGUGCGAAAUGGACCCAGUCACUAAACGAAUGGAUUACUUCGGUCCUAUGGUCAAUCGUACUUCGCGUAUAUCGAAUGUUGCAGACGGUGGUCAAAUUACGGUUUCGGCAGAUUUCAUAUCUGAAAUUCAACGCUGUUUGGAGACAUACAGCGAGAGUGAUCGUAAUGGCUCAACUGGCUCCGAAGAAGAAUAUGGUAACGACUUGGUAGCCGCUGCUAUCCGUCGUGAAUUACGAUCUCUCAGCAGUCAGGGGUUUGAAGUAAAGGAUAUUGGUGAAAGAAAACUUAAAGGGUUAGAGAAUCCUGAGUACAUUUAUUUGAUGUAUCCACAUUCCCUGUCUGGCCGUAUACAAUAUCAGCAACAACUCCUGCAAAACGAAAAGGCCGCUGCGGCUGCAGGCGAGCAACCCGCAUCGCUGUCUCAGAAAACCAAAUUAAGCAUCGACACGGAUACUGUUUGGGCACUGUGGGCUGUUAGUCUGAGACUGGAAAUGUUAUGCUCCUCUCUUGAGGGUGAUAAAGGAAAGACGAGUGCUCUUCAAGCACCGGAGACGGCUGUUUUGGAGCGCAUGAAACAAAAGGGUGGUGAAGUCACCGACCGAUUCCUGGUCAAUUUUAUGAACCACCAGGUUUCAAGGAUCGAGACUUGCAUUUCGGCCAUUUCCACACGCCACCUUGCGAUGGGUAAAGGCCCUCUCCACAGCCUUAACCAGCUUCGUGCCCCUAUGGGAGACGUUCUUAGCGGUCUAGAAGCCCAACUACAGCUCUUACAACAAUACCAGAAAGCGUACGGUCCACUAAAUACCGAGGUGAAGCCUGCGACAAAACGGAACCUGCCGCGAGAGACUUCAAAUCACUACUUCAAAUCAUCACACGAAACUUCUGCCACGAAAUCAUAG